AUGGCCACUUCUUCACCAUCUGCUAGCGUGAACCCUACUCUCAGUGCAAGUCCGCCGCCGCCACCACAGUCACCACCGAGCACCCCACCGCCACCACAAUCGCCUCCACCAUCUUCACCACCACUACCCCAAGACCAAACACCCUCCCUCAUUCUGCUGACACCCCUCACACCACGAAAUAAAGCCGCCAUUGAAACCACCAUCCUAGCCCCUGCCAUAGAAACCCCAAUUGAAACACCCAUUACUGAAACCCAAAUUCAAGAACCAAUGCCUGAACCUGCGCUAACUCAAACCAAACCUAAAACUAAAACCAAAAUGGCUUCAGGUAAAACCAAGAAAGCCUCUGUUGUAAAAAGAAAAGGGCCAUCCCCUAUUCCUAUGGAUUUUCAAUCUUCACCUAGGGUUUCCUCAGAGCCAGUUAGUAAGAGAACAAGGUCAGCAUCAUCAAUUCCAUCACCAGUUGCUCCAAUUCUUGCAUUUCAGUCGCCCUUAACAUCUUCUUAA